UUGUACUCUUGUAAAUAAUCCCACGUGUUUCGUAUUCGUGCUUUAACUCAUUCAAAGAACUACUCAAUUAUUUACCUAUCAACAUGGGAAGCGCAUCCGAUGUGGAGAUUCGGCUUGUCCCGGAAAUAAAGCGAAGGCGAGUGUUUGCCUCCAAAAGGUUUUCCCCUGGCGACGUGGUGUUCUGCGAGUCGCCUUUGGUAAGCAGCCAGUUCGUGUGGAAUCGGACCUGCAAGUAUGAUUCUUGCGACUUCUGUUUGCGACCUUUGGAAACAGCCGAGGAAAAUGCCCGACGGCUCACUGCGAACCAGGCGUUAGUCCUUCCGUUCAUGCAGUGUUGUACAACAAGGAAAGAGGAACACAGAUCCUGCGCAUCCUGCCAGGUGAGAUACUGCAGUGAAGCUUGCCAAUUAGAAGCAUUAGCUCGGUACCAUCGGGUGAUAUGUGCGAUAUCGUGCAGUCAACGGGAACUUUCGGAGCAGCUGCUCGAUACUUGGAAGAAGUUGCACUACCCUCCAGAAACUACAAGCGUUACACUUGUUCUUCGCAUUUUCGCAACAGUAGUUCAAGCAAGUGAUAAAGAAGCUGUAGUUACCCGAUUCAUGGACUUCAGUGGUGGUAUGUCAGCUGCUGAGGAAGAUUUAUUGCUUGAGAAGCUCUUUGGGAAACAAAGCCUCGAAGCAGUUGAAUCAUUGAGACAAAUCAUUGCAAGCAUAUUUGCUGCCGAAACAUCAGUUACUCAUUGGACAACGCCAGCGGGAUUUAGAUCGUUAUUAGCAAUGGUAGCGCGGAUGGGACAAGCAAUUGGCACAAGUGCCUUAAGUGUGUGGGUGAGGAACUGUGAUGAGCUGAACCUCCCAGAACCAGAUGCCACAAAUCUCAAUGCUGCCACUGAUAAGCUGUAUGAUGACAUUAACAAAGAAUCUGGCACAUUCUUGAAUAAUGAAGGAUCUGGCCUUUAUUCACUGCAGAGUUUAUGUUCACACAGCUGCAGUCCAAAUGCAGAGUCAGCCUUCCCGCAUAAUAACCACAUAUUAGCAAUGACUGCGGUUAAAGAGAUUGCAUCGGGAGAGGAAAUCACGGUAUCGUACCUCGAUGAGUGCAGUCUCAACCGCAGCAGGCACACCCGAAGAAAACUCUUAAUGGAAAACUUUUUUCUCAGCUGUGAAUGUCAAAGGUGCAGAGAAGAGGUCGAUCAGCCCGACGUUACGAGUGAUGAGGAGAUGGAGGAUGACAGUUCUGAGGAUGAAUGUUAGACUUGCGGAAUUUCAGUCAUUAUAUUUUUGUCCCCCCAUCAUGGUAUCUUUCAAUACACUCGCAAGAAAUUUCCAAAAAAUGUAUAUUAGGUUACAGCGUUAUUACGACAAACACAGCGCCCAAUACUCUCAAUGCCCACUUGCAUACAUUGAUUAAAGAACAGUGGGAACUAAAAAAAAUGACCACCUGAUUGAGUAACUACCCCAACAACACCGAAUAUCCUCUGGAUGUACGAAUAAUGUCCUAACGAAUUCGUACGUCCGAUGGAUAUCCCUCAGAUGUCCUUCGGACAUUAUUCGAACAUCCAGAGGAUAUUCAGUAUUGUUGGGGAUAGGAGUUUGUCUGGCACCAGAGCUCUGGUUUCUCGUAAAGAAUGGUGUGUGAAUGCUACUUAAAAGUAAAUGAGAACCACUACAGUAAUGGCUAAGGCCCCGUGUUUUCCGUGAUUCCGCGAAAUAUCGCGGAAUUUUACGGAAUCCCUUAUUUUUAGGGGUGUGCGGAUAUUCGGGUUCUCGAAUUCGAAUCAAAUAUCAAUCACUCGAAGCAUUUCAUUCGCGAAUCGAAUAGGCAAUAUUCGGAUUUCCGAAUAUCCGACUAUUCGUAGAAUAAAAAUGACACCUCCCUAAAGUGGGCUUCACCUAAUGCUUCCCUGCGUGAGGUGAUGCCUGCUUUACGAAAUUGCCUGUGCUGCAGGACCAACAGAGACAGAUUGUACUUUAGCUUAAGAUAACUUUAGCCCCAGUUUAUUGCGCAUACUCCGCCUCAGGAAGGGGCGGCGUCCCUCCUGUGUUUAGUAGUGGCACAGGGGAUCUUGAUUUGAUGUUUGGGAGUUUGCCUUAAAAGACUUAAAUAGUGCCUACAGCCCAGAAACAAAAAGGGUGUCCUAGAGAUGUAUCUUCCACAGGGCAUGUAUUGUAAGCUUCUUCCUAUAAUCUUCCUAUAGACUCUGUAGAUGCCGUAAGAUCGUUCAGCAGGUAUAAAAUGAUUGCAGGCGACAGACGGUAUUCUUUGUCAGAGGAGAGCACAAGAUACCAUGUAUGUAAUGCUGAGCCACAAUGGUGCUUUGAAUCUGUAAUUUUAUAAAAUGUUUUUUGUUCCCACAUUACCCAAGAAAAAAUAAAGCGUUUCCCAUUUCAA